AUGGCAGCUACUCAGUGCAACAAGACGCGUACUGAUAAUGUAAUACUUCAUGUAUUCCCCAAACCUGAUACAGAAUCUGAGAGUUUUGAUUUCUGGUUAGAAGCUAUUGAUGGGGAAUUUUCAGAUUUAACCAGAAGUUUUAUAUUUAAAAAUCGUAGAAUUUGUCACCUCCACUUUGAAAAGCAAUAUUUUACCCGAAGCAAGAGAUUGGCUUCGAAUGCUAUUCCGACAUUAAAUUUACCAGGUUCUUCGAGAAAUUCCCACUUAGUAUCUAGAAACUUACAAAUUACUCGGCUAUCAGAAAACAAAGAUGUUGGUGAUCCAGAGAUUGAAUUUCUUCUUGGAGAUGACGUUGAUACUGGUAUGAAGACGGCAAAUGCAAAUACACAUAUCAAUACAAGCCAAAAAGAAAACUGUACUCUAUUUGAAACAGAUAAAUCAUCAAAUAGAAAUAUAUACAAUAAAAAAUAUACACUGCCUUACCAGCAAGAUAAAGAGUUAAGGAAAGAAAAUAAAAGUAUAUUCUGGAAGAUGAAACUGGUGUACAUUUUACACAACACGCAGUUCUGUGAUAUCUGUUUGGAUGGUGACGUCGAAAUGAACGCACUCACCGAUGUGUUUGAGAUCACUGAUGAUGAAAGGACUUAUAGGAGAUCUCUACGAAAUAUUGUGGACAAGGUUUUUAAAAAGGUGAAUUGA